CAAUGCAGUGAUGCAUUUCCGCAUCACCGCGACGCCAAGGACGAAGUGGUUCCAUUUUACAGAGCAAAGAAAUGGCACUGUGUUGGAGGAGGAAAGGUGGAGGAGGAGGAGGAGGAGGAGGAGGAGGAAGCCGCCACCCAGUUUGUCGCCAUUCAAUUCACAAAGGGUUUCCGUGAGACAUUCACUGAAGAGACAAAAGAGUGCGCUGCCGUGGAAUCUGUCUUCUCCAAACUGUUUACGCUCCUUGAUCCACUACGAGCUCAGGCGAUUGAUUUUCUAAGCGAACUCGAAUCUCGGUUCGCUGCUUGGUCCACGCGCCUUGAGAGCACUGCACGGGGCUCACACAGUCAUUCCUCUGCUGCUUUGACUGUCACCUCCGCUUCAGGCUCCGCAUCAUCUGCUUCGGCCUCUGCGACCAGCGCCGAUGCAGAUGCGGACUCGCCUACGACACCGGUUCGUAUUGGCGAUCUUUUCGUCACGAACCUGAAAAUGCUCCAACUCUAUCGAUCGUAUUUGUGUGAAACUGAGUGCCUAAUCAUCGAUUUGGAGAGGCUGGUUCGAAGUCGGGCCUCAUUUCAAUCAAAAAUGCAAUCCUACGAGGCGCAGAAGUCUUGCUACCUUCCGUUCUAUGCCUUUCUCUUGAAACCGAUGCAUCGUCUACUUCAGUAUAGGUCUGUACUGGAACGCCUGAUGCGGCAUUACAAUGAAUCAAAUCCGGACAUGCAGGACUGCAGAGUCGCUCAUGCACGCCUCUUGGACACUAUACAAUCCCAAUGGGAUAGUUAUAAGCGCUGCGAGAACCUCUACAAGUCUCUCGAGGUGGAGCGUGACCUCGUGGGUGUGCAGGUGACUGGUGAGGUGACGACUGCAACGACUUCGGGGUCGGGAAGAGAAAAGCCAACUGGCUGGCUUGCGUCUCGUUCGCGUCAGUUCAUUCGUGAGGGCCUCCUCCAGAAGCUGUCCAAAAAAGGAUACCAACAACGCAUGUUCUUUCUCUUCUCUGACCAACUCAUCUACGCUAGUCGAACCAAUGCACCAUUUCUGCAAUUCAAAGAUUGGCUGAUAUGCAUGGAUCCGCCUUUUCAUUGGUCGAGUGUAGACGAGUAG